UAAAUUGUUACAAGCAGAUUUGCCUUUUCGACGCCUGGUCUGCUUUGAACUGUAUGUAAAACUGACGAUGUUUGUAGUUAUAGAGCUAGAGCUCAACUUACUUAUUAUUUUAUAUCAGAUGCAAAAAUCAGUUUAAACAUUGUGCAGAAAAUUUUUUAAAUUAUAAAGAUGAUCAAUUAUCAUAAGAUAAGAUAAGAUAAGAUAAGAUUCUUUUAUUGAUCCAAAUAAAUGGAAAUUUUUUUUGAUUGCAUUAUAUAUUUUCAGCUCAAAAAUAAAACAAUUUGAACACAAGACAUUUAUAUUAAAUUAUUUCCAACAGCCAUUCAGUGAGUUCUCAUAGCAAAAUCGGGGACUUAUUAGUUCUCAUUCAGAUGUGUGACUUCAGAGGAAGCAUGCCGGUACAUUCGUACAGAUUGGGGAACAAAAGAAUUUUUGUAUCUGUCAGUCCUCGCCUUGAUGGAAAGAAUUCUUCCCGAACAGCCCGAUCCUAAGUAUCUGUGAUUGAAGAGGGUGGGAUGUAUCAUCCAAAAUGUGUUUAGUUCUACAAAAAAUCUUUCUUCCAAUAGUUCUUCAAGUAAAGGAUGUUUAGUUUGUGUUAUGUUCCUAACUUUCUUGAUUAGUCGGUUUAUGCGGUGUUUAAUAUCAGACGUUGAAUUCCCACACCAGCAGGUAAUAUUGAAAUUAUCAUCAGAAUUUGAUAGAAAGUUGAAAAUAUAAAAAUUCUAAAUGGCAUGAUGAUAACUGCAAUUUAAUUUAUGAUUUUAAACAUUAAUAUUUGUUUACCGAAAAAUGUUAAAACAUGUUAUACUAAUCACUGAGUGGCUGCGAAAAUAAUUACAAUUUUUUUUUAGGAAAUAUAAUAGUUAUCUGAGUUUUGGCUUUAAGGACUUUAAAAUAUAAUUAAUCAUUUCUAAAAUAAUGAAUUUUUUUAUGACUGCUGUUGUCAAAAUGAUUUAUUACAAUUUUUUACAUUUAAACUAUUUUUUCCAGCAAUAAAAAAAAAGCCAACCUGACUGAGCAGUUGUGUCAGAUGUUCCGAGCCAUGAUGCCCAUAUUGGGCAAUACAGACACUAGUAUUAUUACUCCACUUUUAGCCUCAGGAGAUCAGGUGAAAAUCAUCUCUUUAACAAACUUAUCAUACUGCAUUCUUUGUUACCAUUACAUUUGUCGUAUUUCUGCUGGUUUUAAUGUCAUAGAAUUUAAAAGUUUAACAAUAAAUAAAAUUAAGUUAAGAAAAGAAGACAAAAAUUAUAGUGAAAUUUUAUUUGUUUACAAUGCCAAAAGGGGAUAGUCUAUUUUAUUUCUAUGUAUUUACUGUGGUAUCAGAAGAUCUAAAUUUUACAGUUGAAAGAGAAAUUUGUCUAAACGUGGAAGCACACAUUAAUAGUUUAAUGAUUUAUAAAUAACAUAAAGAAACACAGGGCAGGAAGUGGGGUUGGAGGGUUAACCUGAAAUAAAGAUGCAACAACAGACUUGCAAAAGACUUACACAGCAAACAAAUUAUGUGAAAAUAAAAUAUAAAAUAGAAGAAUAUUUGUCAGGCUGUGUGAAGUUCAAGCGAAAAUGUGAACUGGUAGUGAAUCAAAAGUGUGAAUGGAUAUAAUUGCAAGAGGGGGGAAGAAGAAAGUAAAAGAACAGGAUAGGAUUUUGCAGAGAAAAAGGGUUGAGAGCAGAGAGAGAGAGAGAGAGUUACAAAGUGAACCAACAAAAACUCUGUUGAUUUAAUGUGAUUGAAGCAUACAACUGUCCUUAUCAAUGAUUUAAUGUGAUUGAAGCAUACAACUGUCCUUAUCAAUGAUUUAAUGUGAUUGAAGCAUACAACUGUCCUUAUCAAUGAUUUAAUGUGAUUGAAGCAUACAACUGUCCUUAUCAAUGAUUUAAUGUGAUUGACGUAUAGAACUGUCCUUAUCAAUGAUUUAAUGUGAUUGAAGCAUGCAACUGUCCUUAUCAAUGAUUUAAUGUGAUUGACGUAUAGAACUGUCCUUAUCAAUGAUUUAAUGUGAUUGAAGCAUGCAACUGUCCUUAUCAAUGAUUUAAUGUGAUUGAAGCAUGCAACUGUCCUUAUCAAUGAUUUAAUGUGAUUGAAGCAUGGGACUGUCCUUAUCAAUGAUUUAAUGUGAUUGAAGCAUGCAACUGUCCUUAUCAAUGAUUUAAUGUGAUUGAAGCAUGCAACUGUCCUUAUCAAUGAUUUAAUGUGAUUGACGUAUAGAACUGUCCUUAUCAAUGAUUUAAUGUGAUUGAAGCAUGCAACUGUCCUUAUCAAUGAUUUAAUGUGAUUGAAGCAUGCAACUGUCCUUAUCAAUGAUUUAAUGUGAUUGAAGCAUGGGACUGUCCUUAUCAAUGAUUUAAUGUGAUUGAAGCAUGCAACUGUCCUUAUCAAUGAUUUAAUGUGAUUGAAGCAUGCAACUGUCCUUAUCAAUGAUUUAAUGUGAUUGACGUAUAGAACUGUCCUUAUCAAUGAUCCCAACAGGGUUACUCAGCACUACAGUCAUUGGCUGGGAUGGUGAACGGUGCCUGUGAG